UAUUAGUCGUACUAUUUACGGGAAUGGGAAACAUCGUUGUAGUUUGACGUUGUUAUUAAUUGUUUUUCACUCACUCUAUCGUAAACAAUAAAUAUGCAUACACGCUGUCGACAAUAUAUUAUGCUAUUAAUUAUUAUUUAUUAUAUUAUAUAGGGUAGUUAUAAAUUGGAAGCUCAACCAUGCAGAAAUAUUUUUUUUUUUUGUAUUAAGAAUAUAAAGGCUUCAACAACUGGGCCAUUAGACUGCGGUUGUGUUAAAAUAGUUUUUAAUGGAUAAUUUAGUUAUAAUUGGUGAUUACACGGCUAAGGGAUAAGUAGUUUUUACAGUUUUAUAUAUAUAUACAUUUUUUGUGUGUUGUUUGUUGUAUAGUUUUAUCUUAAUAUUAAAUUUUUGUGUCGAUGCCGAUGGAUUUGAAGAAGCUAGGUAUAUGGAUCAAAUGUGUGUUGUGUUCUCCUAGUGCUUCCUCCGUCCAGUUUGCCAGUUGCCGACUGCCGAGUUGCCACCUGUGAAGUGUCGAAUAUAGUCGUGGACUAUGGUACGGGAGUUCAUCGUUCGGUCGGAGUUGAAUAUAAUCUCAAAUUCUCAUCGCAAUAUGUAUCAGAGGUUUAUUGACGAUCCUUCUGCCGGUCCAUCGUCCACAGUAGCUAUGACCUCAGAAGAAUUAGAACCAUCAUCUCUUAAGUCGACUACAUCCAAAUCAUCGUGUGAAAAGACAUCGGCGCAUAACUUUUUGCAUGCGAAAAAAACGUCUGGCCGUAAAUAUACAGUUUCCGUUGUUCUCAUAUGUAUUUGGCUUUUUUGUACUAUAGUUCUUAUGGCAAAACAAGAAAGAAAAGUAGAUGAUGUCCAUCAAGUAACAUUAGCUCCAAAUCAAACUAAAACUCAGAUAAUAUACAAAAACCAUAUGCCCAACACAAAUAAAAUACAAUUGAUAUUGGCUGGAGCAUUUAUGCCUGAUUAUUAUAGUACUUUGGCAACACAUUUUUUUAACAUUUGGAUAGAGUUUGAUCCAACUGAAGAAUAUGAUGUGCCCUCAAAAUCAGGAUUGAAGUAUGAUGACAUGCAUCAAAGGAACAUAACUCAAAUAUGGUCCAUACCAAUUGUGAGUGAAUCACUUGUUGAAGUUGUUCCUGAAAUGCAUCAUAAUAAAAUUGUUGAAUUGUUUUCAAAUGUUACUCUCCGUGGUGAUACUAGACUUUGUAUGAAUACUACAUUGAGCACUAAUUUUCCUAUUUCAUUCACUUAUGAUUUGUUUCCAAUCAACACAGAAUAUGGUAUAAUUUAUGCUGCUCUUGUACUGAUUGGACUUUAUGUACUGAUUAUAACUGAGGUUAUACACAAAUCGAUUGCAGCAAUAUUAGCAGCCACUACGUCCAUUUCCAUACUUGCACUUUUAGACGAGAGACCAACAAAAGAUGAACUGUCCUCUUGGGUGGAUAUCGAAACAUUGCUUCUCCUUUUCUGUAUGAUGGUUAUUGUUGGUAUUUUAUCCGAAACAGGAAUUUUUGACUACUUGGCAAUCGUAGCAUAUAAAGAAACCAAAGGUAAAAUUUGGCCAUUAAUCAAUACAUUGUGCUUCUUCACUGCUAUGGUAUCUUCUAUUUUGGAUAAUGUUACCACCGUUCUUCUAAUGACACCUAUAACCAUUAGGUUAUGUGAAGUAAUGCAAAUGAAUCCAGUACCCACACUUAUGUGUAUAAUAUUUUAUGCAAACUUAGGAGGGGCUUUAACAUUAAUUGGCGAUCCACCAAAUGUGAUAAUUGGAACAAAUAAAGAUGUCAUUGCAAGUGGAAUCGAUUUUACAACGUUUUCAUUACAUAUGGGUGGUGGUUUGGUAUUCAUAUUUAUAGCUGUAAAUCUACAUUUAAGAUAUAUUUUCCGUAAUAUGCAAGAUUUAAAAUUUACUGAACCAUCUAAUGUUACAGAAUUAAGACAAGAAUUGGCAAUUUGGCAAAAAGCAGCAUCUUCUUUGUCUUCAUACUCAAAAGAAGAAGGGGUUGUAAGAGAUAAACUUCUAAGGAAGUGUAAAACUAUAUUUUCAAAGCUUAAAGAUACUCUUAAAGGUUUCAAGGUUGAUGUCUUACCUACGGAAAGUAUUAAACUUCAAUCCUAUGAUGAAUCCAUAAAGGAUUUUCUGAAUAAGGAUAGUCCUUUAGAUAAAAGUCUUUUAUGGAAAUGUGCUAUUACAUUAGGAUUUGUUAUUACUCUAUUUUGCCUGCAUUCAUUCCCUCAACUAAAUCUUAGUCUCGGAUGGAUUGCUUUACUUGGAACAUUACUCUUACUUAUACUUGCUGAUCAUGUUGAUAUCGAAUGCGUAUUGGGCCGAAUUGAAUGGGCCACAUUGUCAUUCUUCGCUGCACUGUUUAUUUUAAUUGGAGCACUAUCUGAGCUGGGUUUGAUUGAAUGGGUAGGUAAACAGACAGAAGUGAUAAUUAUGUCUGUAGCAAAAGAGUACCGAUUGUCCGUUGCUAUAAUUUUAGUUCUAUGGGUUUCUACCAUUGUCUCUUCAUUUGUUGACAAUAUUCCACUGACUACUAUGAUGAUAAAGGUGAUAACAUCGUUGUCUCAAAACCCUGAGCUAGAAUUACCAUUGCCGCCUUUGGUAUAUGCAUUAGCAUUUGGUGGUUGUCUUGGUGGAAAUGGAACAUUGAUAGCUGCUUCAUGUAAUAUGGUAUGUGCUGGAGUAGCUGAACAACAUGGAUACCGAAUUUCCUUUGUGCAGUUCUUCAAAGUUGGAUACCCAGUGAUGUUAUGUAGCGUAGUUAUUGCUACAGUGUAUUUACUUGUUACUCACGUGACAUUUGGAUGGAAUACAUGAAUACAUAAUGCUGUUUGUUUCGUCAUCAGAAUUUCUAAAACUUUGUUCCUGCAAAAAUACCUAACUGACAAAAAAAGAAAUUAAUUCGUUUUCUUUACUUAAGUUCGAAUUUAAAUUAAUUUUUUUUCUUAUUUAAGUAGUAUUAAGUAAAUUUAUAAUAAUUUAUUUAACAAAAAACCCUAUUUUUUUAAAUUUGAUGUUAUUUAAUAUUAUUAAGUAUAGAAGUUAUGUAUUUUAACUAUAGAAUUUUUUUUGUCUUUUUAUUUAUAUUCAGAUAAGUGAUAAGUUCAUUGUUGCCAUAGAUUAUAUUUCAAUAUUUUUUUGUUAGGAUAUACUUGUUAUACGUCUUAAUACUAACCAUAGUACCUAAUGGAUUUUAUGUAUGCAAGUGGUAUACAAUAUAAAGUUAUUUUGUUUA